AGAUACGAUUUACAAAAGCAUUAUGGUGGACAGAAAAUGGCAACAGAAAAAUGGAGACGGGAAAAAACCGUCAAAAAGAACAAUCAACGAGGGAAACAUUUCCAAUGGUCUUGCAUUCAUUUUGACUAACUUUCAGCCAUUCAUUUUAAAGAUCAGCUUGUUCAUCUCAUAGAAGGAAAGCCUUCGGCGUAAAAAUAGAGGUGGAAUUGGAUGCAGAGACGUGAAGGGUGUCAUUGAGACAGAGCCUGAGGAAAAAUGGCGACUUUAAUACUUUUCUUCAUGCUCUCGUGUUCAUCAGGAAUUGUUCUGUCACGACCGAUUCAGCUCAGCAAUGUUUCAGACGAACAGGCUCUGUUGGCAUUCAGAGCAGGUAUCACUGUGGAUCUCUAUAAUUCAUUAAGCGAUUGGAAUUCCACACAUCCAGUCUGCAAUUGGAGCGGAGUGAAAUGUUCUACACGCAGACAGCGAGUCGUGGAUCUCAAUCUUACAGGUAUGUCGUUGCAAGGCUCCAUCUCCCCUUUUCUGGCUAAUAUUUCAUUUCUUCGCGUGCUUGACCUCAAUAACAACACUCUGAGCGGGCCUAUUCCCCCUGAACUGGGAAAUCUUGCUCGCUUGAGGAACCUCCGCCUCUCCAAGAACAGAUUAGAAGGCUCUGUACCCUCCACAUUUAGCAAUUGUCGCUUACUCAAAACAUUCUCUGUUUUUCGCAAUCGUUUGAGUGGAGGCAUUCCUUCGGAGAUAGGGCUUCUCACGGGAUUACAAAUGGUCUGGCUUACAGAUAACAAAUUAACAGGCCCCAUUCCGUCUUCCUUGGGAAAUUGUUCCUCGUUGAGCGUAUUGUCUCUGGGUUAUAACAGGCUCAGAGGUACCAUUCCUCCCGAAUUGGGCAUGCUUUCCCAACUCAACACGCUACGCCUUCAUCAAAACCAUCUUACAGGACAAAUUCCUCCCUCCCUCUCUAACUGCACUCCUUUGCAAAACCUGGAGAUUCAUAACAAUAGUUUGUCCGGCCAUAUUCCCUGGGAGUUUGGGGCCAAACUGUCUCAAUUGCAGAAACUGUUUCUAUGGGGUAACAGACUGACUGGUAGAAUCCCAAAUUCUCUUUCUAACUGUACCCAACUCAAAGUUAUUGACCUGAGCGUCAAUCAACUAAAUGGCACGGUUCCAAUGGAGUUUAGUCAAUUAGGUAACCUUGAGCGCCUCUUUCUAGGAGCAAACAGGCUUGUGAGUGGCAGCAGCAAUAGUUUACUCAUUCUCUCUGCAUUGUCUAAUUGCUCUCUCCUUGAACUGGUACACUUGGGUGAAAAUGAGCUUACUGGCGCUCUGCCACCAUCGAUUGAUCUCCUUUCUUCCAAGCUGUCUAUCUUCAACUUGAGCUACAACUAUUUAGAUGGACAAAUCCCACCACAAAUUGCCAACCUGAGUAAUUUGACAUUCCUCAAUUUAGAGGGGAAUUUCUUCAAUGCAUCUAUUCCUUCAUCAUUGAGGAGGCUUGCAAAGUUGGAACGGUUGUUCCUAGGAAAAAACAGUCUACAGGGAAAUAUCCCAACAGAAAUUGGUAAUAUACCAAGAUUAGGUCUCAUGUCUUUAUACCAAAAUCAGCUGUCUGGCUCAAUUCCCCCUUCUUUGCACCAUCUGCAACAGCUAAGAGUGUUAUACCUUCAUGAAAACAAGCUUUCAGGAGAAAUUCCUCCUAGUCUAGGGGACUGCCGACUGUUGGAAGUGAUUGAUUUGUCUUACAACAAUCUGAGUGGAGAGAUCCCACCAGAGCUAGCUGCUCUUCCGAAUCUAAACUUGUAUUUCAACUUGUCGAACAAUCUAUUUCAAGGCUCUCUGCCACCAGUGAUUGGCAAGAUGACAAUGGUGCAGGCCAUAGAUGUUUCUUCAAAUUUAUUGGUGGGUUCAAUACCUGGCACAAUUGGAAGCUGCACAUCAGUUCAAUACCUUAAUCUAUCACACAAUUCUGUGCAUGGCUCAAUACCAGAUUCACUUCGGCAACUUCAGAGCUUGGGGGACCUGGAUUUGUCCUGGAACAAUUUGUCAGGAACCAUACCAGAGUCCCUAGAAACACUCAAGAUGUUUCACCGCUUGAAUUUGUCCAUGAAUAAGUUAACAGGAGAAGUGCCCAAAGGUGGUAUUUUCAGAAGGCUUACUAAUGCAUCAUUUGUAGGAAAUGAGGGUCUGUGUGGACCAUGGAUACAUAAUAUGCCAUCAUGCCCUCCUCCUGUGUCUCACACUCAUAUUUCUAAUUCGAAAAAUUGGAGGAUAAUAGCUCCUGUAGCUGUCACGACUUUUUUGAUUUGCAUUUGCUUCUUAGCUUUCUUAAUUUGGAAGUAUGGGAAGAAGAAAAGUAGUACAAACUUGCAGACUACAGAAGCUUUGCAUUUGAAUGUGGGCCUGCCUAGAAUUUCACAAAAGGAUAUUAUGGCUGCAACUAAUGGGCUUAGUGAUGCCAACCUUUUAGGGGUUGGUAAUUAUGGAUCAGUGUAUAAAGGGGAGAUGAGUGAUGGCACACUAAUUGCUGUUAAGGUUCUCAGUUUGCAAAAUGAAGAUGCUCAUCAGAGUUUUGACAGGGAGUGCGAGGCUUUAGGUAGGGUCAGGCACAGAAAUCUGGUUGGAGUCAUUACUUGCUGCUCCAACCUUGAUUUCAAAGCUUUGAUUUUCCCCUAUAUGCAAAAGGGCAGCUUGGAAGAUUGGCUAUACCCUGACGGAGAUGAGUGUGAACUGAGUUUGACAGAAAGACUGAGCAUAGCCAUUGACAUAGCUCAAGCCUUAGCAUACCUUCAUCACCAAUGCUUUGUACAGGUUCUGCAUUGUGAUUUAAAACCCAGUAAUGUAUUGUUGGGAGACGACAUGACAGCACAUCUGACAGACUUCGGCAUUGCAAGAAUAGUCUUGGCCAACUCUAUGGAUUCCAUGACUUCCACCUCACAUUUACUCAAAGGAUCAGUAGGCUACAUUGCCCCAGAGUAUGGAUUGGGUGCAAGGGUGUCAACCAAAGGAGAUGUGUUCAGCUACGGAGUAUUAUUACUAGAGAUGUUUACAAGAAUGAGGCCAACGAAUGCCAUUUUCAAGGAUGGAUUAAACUUGAAAAAAUGGGCAGCUGAAAAUCUCCCGCAUAGAGUUAGAGAAAUAGUUGAUAGAAAUCUGUGGAGAAAUCUGUGGAGAGAAGACCAAGGUAGCGAGAAUGUGAUAACUGAAAUCAUGGACGUGGGGCUGCUGUGCACACAAGAGUCCCCUCAAGAACGACCCAACAUGCUUCAAAUUGCUGACAUUUUAGAGAAAAUUAGGACCAAUAUGUACCGUGACACACUGAGAUGAAUUAUGUUAUUUCACUAUGCUUUGAACAUACUCACAGGAAUUCUUCUUACUUCCAUCAAUUCUCAGGAGAUGAAGCUUUCAAGCCAAAAAGUUCAAGCCAAACUUUUUUGGGAAUCUGUCUUUCAUUACUAUUGUAUACAUUUAUAAAUAAAAAAUAAAGUAAAUUACUAUUUUA